AUGUCCACCAUUCCCGGCGAAGUGAUCCUCCAGAUCGUGGAGAGUCUCAUCCCCUCGACUUCGCGCAAGAUACACCCCCCAAGUGACAUUGUGACACAGACCUUAAUCAGUCUCACCCUGGCAUGCAAGCCAACCUACCACCCAGCGCGACAGCUUCUCUUCCGCCACUGUCUUUAUGUUGACUCGAUAGAGCGACUCGACAAUCUGUUUGACAAAAGCGGCUACUUUGUUGACAAUGACACCAACGGUACAGACCAGUGCAUACAAGCCUACUCGCUCUUCCUGGCCCCAUUCCCCCCAGGCAAGCUAGAUGAACCCCAUAUAGUGCACCAGAUCGACCGUUUAUUCUCGCACUUACGCUCCUCCCUGCGAAACCUCGUCAUCAACAUCCCCCUACGGUAUCUCUACCCGGAGGAUGACGUGCAGGGCCUCCGAAAGACCCUCCGCGUAGCGUUCUCCCGCCUGACCGCGCUGGAGGACUUCUGCUCCGUCCAAGAUGAGCUUUUUCUUAACGCCGUGGAGGAAGAAAUCGAGCCUCAGAUAUGGCCCACUUGGCCUCGUCUACGCCGCCUCGCGCUGUACAACCCCUGCGUUAACGGGGAUUUUGUGGAGAACCUGCUGCAGUGCCCGAAUAUCACGCAUGUGGUUCUUACGCGAGCCGAUUCCUACAUGGAUGAGCCACUACCCCCGAGCGUGGCGGAACGUCUGCCCUUACCAGGUUUGAAACGGGUUCUGGUGAUCAAUACCAAAGAAGGCCGUCUCCGCGACGCUCAUAUCCGCGACUCGACAGGCCGGGAGACCAGCUUUUGGGGCCGACUGCUCCUCGCCCAGUGUCCAGAGUGGAAUGACUGGAAAGAAAGGGAGGUGGGGGCACUGCUAGUCUACGCUGAUGUGCCUAUGCCGCCGGGGCAAGGAGGGGAUAAUAUCCAUCUGUUACAGGAGUGGCUCUGCGCCCGAGCGGUAGACGGGACAUUGUGGGAGUUUCCAGGAGUGCACUAUACGCUCGAUGAUGCAUAA